AGAGACGGAAGGCAAGUGAAGAAAGGCCAACCCAAUAGCAUAGUACCUUGGAUCUCGCAUAAACAUGGGAACCGCUUGGAGAAGAGCCUUUUGCACUAGCGACCCAGAAUCCACACUACACUCCAAACGCGCCACCCAAAGCUCCUCUCCUUCUCCUGGAACCUGCGCCAGAUUCAGCUUCCUCUCCUCGCCGUCACUGCACCACCACCCUCCUUCUUCUCCCCUCUCCCUCUUCAAAAACACCUUCAAAUUCAGAAGUAAUUGCGGAAUCUGUUCGAAUAGCGUGAAGACGGGACAGGGAACUGCCAUUUACACUGCUGAGUGCGGUCACGCGUUUCAUUUUCCUUGCGUAGUUUCCCAUGCACGCUCCCACGUCUGCCCCGUCUGUCAUGCCACGUGGAACGACGUCCCGCUCCACCAAAACGACGCCGUCCUUCGCACCGUUCAAACCCCAAACCAGAAACCACUCGCUCCUCCUUUCUCCCAAUCGGUAGCUUCCUACGACGACGACGAGCCUCUACCAACUUCUCUCACGUGCUCCACGCAAAUCGUUCCAAUUCCUGAAGCGGAUGAAAGCUCGCACGAGGAUGAGGAUGAAAACGACGAUGUAUCAGUCUUCCCUGGCUUUUCCGUCCAUCCAUAUCCUCAAUCCUCGUUGCGACACAACGCUGAGUCGAAAACUGUUCGAGUCAAGCUCAUGCACGAGUGCGCCAUUAUAUCAGUUUCCCCAAACUUUGAAACUCGUGCUUUGGUUUUACGAGUCAAGGCUCCGGCGCCGUCGCCGCCGCUGCGGAGACGGCAGGCGAUGGAUCUGGUGGCGGUGCUUGACGUUGGCAACGGUAUGAGCGGCGCGAAGCUUAACGUGUUAAAGCGCGUGAUGCGACUGGUGGUAUCCUCUGUCGGGGAUGCUGACCGGCUUGCCGUCGUGGCUUCGUCGGCUGAUUCGAAGCGGUUGUUACCUCUUCGCAGAAUGACGGCUCAGGGACAACGCACGGCUCGGCGCGUGGUGGACGGGGUCGUGUGUGGCCAAGGAUCCGGUGUUGGUGAAGAAGCGAUCAAGAAAGCGGGGAAAAUUCUCGAAGAUCGCAGGGAGAGAAAUCCUCUAGCGAGGAUUUUAAUUCUAUCCAACGGUGAUCACAACAGCAUGAGCAAUAAUCAACGGAGAAGCUUGAGCUACGUGUCCUCUAUCGGGUUCGAUUGUGUUGAAGUUCCGGUUCACUCGUUUGGGUUCGACAUAAAAACGACCGGUUUAACAACCGAACCGUUUGAGGAUGAUUUUACCCAAUACAUUAACAGAACAUUAAGCGUGGCGGUGCAGGAUUUAAGAAUUCGGCUUGGCUUCUCUGCGCCGGCUGAAAUUCGAGCCGUUUAUUCAUGCAGCGGGGGACCCACCGCGCUAAACGUAAACUCGGCUAGGCUUGGUGAUUUAUACGGCGAAGAAGAGAAGGAGUUGUUGGUGGAGGUCAGGGUGCCAACGUCAUCAUUGGGGAACCACCACGUGUUGACAGUGCAGUGUUUCAACAAAGACCCAGCAUCUCAAAAAUUCGUGUACAGUGCAGAACACCCAUUUACGGUGGUGCCGCCCAAGAAUUCUUUUCCCUGCGGCGGCAGGCUUGAGCGGUUGAGGAAUGUGUUUAUAACCAGCCGAGCCGUAGCCGAGUCAAGAAGGAUGGCGAAACACAAAGAGUUUUUGAGCGCUCAUCAUUUGCUUGCUUCGGCUCGUGCGCUUCUAGUGCAGUUCAGCUCUGCCGAGGAGUACGUGCACAGCUUGGACGCUGAGCUUGCAGAGCUUCAGAGGAGAAGACAGCACCGGGAGACGGUGGGGACGGGGCGGAGUGGAGAGAGCGAGAGAGAGGUAAGGUUGGUGGAUGACGGAGGCGAAGUGUUGACGCCGACAUCGGCUUGGAGAGCCGCUGAGAAGCUGGCUAAAAUGGCUAGGAUGAAGAAAUCGUUGAAUAAAGUUGGCGACUUGCACGGCUUCGAAAAUGCUAGGUUUUAAUAAACAAUGCUUAGCUGUUAUUGGUGUUUUAAAAAGAUAAUGUUGGUUCCUGAAGAUGUACAAAAUAAAGUUAAGUUUGGGAUAA